CCCACCCUCUCCACACUUUGCCCCACCCGCUUCGACGAAUCCAGCGUCAUCUGUUUGAUUUCCCGUUAUCCCCAGGCGGCGAACCUGACCGACACGUUCCCCUCCCUGACCCCGAACGCGGUCAGCACCGCCCACGUGGUCCUCGCGGUCGCGACGUCACGCCUCCUGAUCGACAACGCGGACCUCCGCCGCCGGCAGCUCGGGGUGAUCCUCUUCGCGCUGAGGAACGUCCUGGACGUCCUGGACGGGACGAUCGCGAGGGAGAGCAGGCGUCACCACAGGCUGGACACGUACGAGGGGUUCGGGUACUACUACGACGGGAUCUGCGACGCGGUGGGGAUCGCGAGCCUCAUGUUCGCCUGCGUCUUCUAUCUCCUGAAACUGCACGGGGCGCACGGGGCCGGGGCGUCCGAGGACGCGGUCCGGCUCAUCGGGCUCUCCUCGCCCGUCAAGGAGAAGGGGGAGUUCGAGUGGACGAGGAACGGGGGGGGCCCGCUCACGAAGAGGAGGAUAUGGGUGCUUGCGGUGUGCUUCGGGGGUCAGAUCAUCAUGAGCACGGUGGGGUGGAACACGGUCAUGACGGGGUAUCACGAAGUGUUGGAGGGGGAGGACAGGACGCCGGAGCAGAAGGCGAUGGCGUUGGAGGUGGCGAAGUCGUGGAGCAUGUGGAUGAUCGCGUGGUGCUGGAGGCUGGCCAACUGCAACAUGCUGUUCGACGUGGUCCUCGUCGCCAUAUUCCUCAACAAGGCCAUCGAGUUGUUCCAGUGCUUCCAGGUGAUCGGGUACCUCGUGCUGGGGCCGCUGAUCCUUCUCUCCGAGUUUCAUCUGGCGGCGGUGAAGGACUCGAUGCUGGGGCUCGCGCCGCACGUGCAGUAGGGGAG